AUGACUGUCUACCCGUCUCCAUCACAGGGCAUUCUAGCCCCAGCUGGCUACGGGAAUGACACGAACCGAAGAAAAAGCCGAAGCAAGGAGAAAGAGGGUGGGGGCAAUGCCUCUAUCAUCAGUAGCAUCGUCAACCUGCUUAAUACAAUCGUCGGCGCCGGCACCCUCGCCAUGCCCGCUGUUAUGUCGAAGAUGGGUGUCGUGCUCGGAAUCUGUCUCAUCGUCUGGUCCGGCAUCACGGCUGCCUUCGGCCUAUACCUGCAGUCUCGAUGCGCCCGAUAUCUCGACCGUGGAAAGUCCUCCUUCUUCGCCCUGUCGCAAAUCACGUAUCCGAAUUUGUCCAUCAUAUUCGACGCCGCCAUUGCCAUCAAGUGCUUUGGUGUCGGUGUUUCCUACAUGAUCAUCAUUGGCGAUUUGAUGCCGGGCGUCAUGCUGGGAUUCAACAGCCAUGCAGAGGAGAUCCCGUACCUGAUGGAUCGCAAGUUCUGGAUUACGGCGUUCAUGUUGCCAGUCAUAUUGCUCGCUUUCCUGAAGCGACUAGAUUCUCUCAAGUACACGAGUGUGAUUGCGCUUGUAUCAAUUGGCUACCUAGUCAUUUUGGUCGUCUUUCACUUUUUCGUGGAUGACCUGAGCCAGAGGGGUCCUAUCCGCGUCAUUGAAUGGGCAGGUCCCGUUGCUACGCUUAGUAGCUUGCCUGUGGUGGUGUUUGCCUACACUUGCCACCAGAACAUGUUUUCAAUUCUGAACGAGCUAGAGGACAACUCCCCUGCCGGUGUCGUCACUGUGGUGGGCUCUAGCAUUGGAUCUGCCGCUAGCAUCUAUAUCUUAGUAGCCAUCACUGGCUAUCUUACCUUCGGCAACAGCGUCGUCGGUAAUAUUGUCUCGAUGUACACUCCCUCCGUGGCAUCAACCGUCGCGAAGGCCGCCAUUGUCGUACUCGUCACCUUUUCCAUCCCUCUACAGAUCCACCCAUGCCGUGCCUCACUCGAUGCCGUGGCGAACUGGAGGCCUAAUGGUGUCCGAAACAAGAACACCAUCACCCCCUCCGGAAGCCGGCCUCUGCUUCCCUCCGCAAGUGAUGACACCGCAAAGUCCGACCAUGGUAGUUCUGGGGGCAUGUCAGAGCUCCGAUUCGCGGUCAUCACCACCCUCAUUAUCGUAUUCAGUUACAUUACGGCUCUAUCCGUCAGCAGCCUUGAUACAAUGCUUGCGUACGUCGGCAGUACUGGCUCCACUAGCAUCAGUUUUAUACUACCUGGUCUCUUCUACUACAAGAUCAGCGACCCCGACGGCCUACAUCAUCAACGCCUCUCUAAGGAAAGCGAUGAUCUCGAUUCUGUGGGCUCCGAUGACGAGGCGGCACUAGCCACGAGCACCACAAGCCUCCGAAGCCUCGUGAGUGCGGCUGGUGCUACCGUGCAUCGCUGGCGUACCUGGAGAUGGGACCUUGAACAUUUCGACCAUGACAUCCUGCGCAAGCUGGCCCUCUGCCUGUCUUACUACGGUGUCGUCGUCAUGGUCGUAUGUCUCGUCAUGAACACGUGGUUCAGCGUCACUCACUAG